AUUGCUGCAAACAUUUAGCGGGGAACUUCUCGCCGUUUCGACCGGGUUCGAACGCAUUAUGCUCACGGACAUUGGCAACAGCAGCGCGAACGGUAUCGGUAAUGGCAAUGGCACCAGUGGCCAUAAUGUUGGCAAUGGUCAUGGCAACAGCAUCCUAGUCAGUGGCAUUCAUUCACUGAGCGGCUCCUCCAGCGGCAUUGGCAGUGCGAGCAGCGAAAAGUUGGCAACGCGGAAUGACGAGGCGAGCUCCAAGAAAGGGGAUGCCGAUGAGGAUGACGACGACGACGAUGAUGAUGAUGAUGAUGAGGAUGAAACUACGGCAGAAUCCCCCCUGCUGCCCCUGAAGGACGACCUCGAGCCAUCGCCCACUCGAGUCCAGAGUUCCUCGCACAUAUCAGCCAGUAGGUCACCCCACCAGUACAGCACCUUAGCAGGCGAACGCGACCAGCAGCACCCGCACCAGCACCCGCCGCUACCCGCUUCCAACGACUGUCGUCGUCGCAGUUCGCUGACCAGUUGUCCGAAUUCUCUGCCCUGCGACAGUUCGCCAGGAGAGGCGAACAACAACAGCAGUAGCACCAGCAACAAUAACAACAACAAUAACAACGAGGGAGGUUUCUAUUCGCACCUGUCCAGUAGCACUCCCAGCCACAAGCACCAGCACGAGUAUCAGCUAUAUCCCAACGACUCCUUUGCCCGCCUAGAAGGGAAGUCACCGAUGCCAAAUACCAAAAUGCAGACCAAAGUUGAUGCAGUGGGUCGCAUCACCGGCCCCUGGGGAAAGUGGCAGCUGCGCACGGUGCUCCUGAUCUUUCUUUGCAAGAUCCCCUCCUCAUGGUUCAUGGCCUGCAUCAUUUUCACGGCGCCAGCACCGCGUCACGGGGAGUUCUUCUGCAAACCGCCAAACACCGUCGGAGCCCAGAAUCAGACGCAGUGGAUCAAGGUCUCCCAUCCGCAAAAGGAGGAGAGCGAUGAUCAGGAGUUCUCCAUCGACUUCUGCAAUGUUUACCAGGAUGCCCAGGAGCACGCCCAUCAUUACUACAACUACGAGAACAGCGAGCAGGAGCCGCGGGUGUGGGAGAAGCCUCUGCACCGCAACUCCAAUGUGAUCCCCUGCACAGAGUUUCAGCACGAAUCCGACUACCACUCGGUGGUAACCCAGUACGAUCUCGUUUGCUCCCGAGACAUCCUUGUUUCCGUCACUCAGUUCUUCCAUCUGUUUGGUGUGCUCACUGGGGGCAUUCUGGCCAAUCAGCUGCUUAAAUAUUUUAGUCCCCGGAAUGUGAUGCUCUUUGGCAUGAUCACGCAAAUCUUCUGUGGAAACCUCACCGGCCACGUUGCCUCCUACGAGCUGCACGUCUUCUUUCGCUGCCUCUCUGCCGUCUGCUGUGCCCAGAUGUACACAGCCGGUGGGCAAAUCAUGGCCGACAUAACGGGUGGCAAAUAUAAAACCUGCGUCUCUACGCUGUUCGAGCAGUUCUGGUCAAUUGGCGUGAUGAUGCUGCCAGGAGUGGCCAGCUUCUGGUCGAGCUGGUCGCAUCUGUACAUGGCCAUCUCCUGGCCCACUGUGAUCCUUAUAUAUCUGUGGCAGUGGAUACCCGACUCGCCGCGCUGGCUAAUCGCCCGGGGUAGGGUCCAGGAAGCCAAGAAGAUCUUGCUGGAGUGCGCCGAGGUGAAUGGAACGCGCUACAACCUCCCCCACGACAUUGACCAGCAGCUGGAACUGCAGGCUCAGACGGCGAUGGACGCCCCGCCGCCGAGUGGCUGGUGGUCAAUGUGGAAGGGGGAGCGUGCGGUGCGGCACAUGGUGUGUGUGCACCUGGCCUGGUCGAUCUACAUCGUCGUCUACUACGGCAUGCUGCUCAAUAUUCGCUCCUUCAGCCGCGAUCACCUGUACAUCAACACCUUCUUCGCGGGCCUCAGCGAGAUGGUGGGCACGUUCAUUGGCCUCUUCCUGAUCCUGAAGACCACCCGCAAGUGGCUGUGGACGGGGCUCUUCAACAUUGUGGCAGGAUGCAUUGCCUACUGCGGCUGGCUGGUGCCCAAGCAGAGCGUGAUCGGAGUGGACCCGAAUGUGGCCUUGCUCAUGUGCUCGGCCAUGGUGUCCAAAAUGGCCAUCUCUACGACGCUCAGCAUCCUGACUACCUGUACAGUGGAACUGGUCACUGAUGACAAGAAGAAAAUCACCUCCUUCUCGACCAUCUGCUGGGCCCGCUUCUGGCUGCUAGGAGCUCCCUUUAUUGGGUCCACAGUGGUCCUGGGCCAGCUCAUUCCCCAGACGGCCUUCGCCUCGCUGGCCAUCUGGGGCGGAUUCUGCACCGCCUUGAUCAGCAGUCCGAGGACACAUCCCAUCUCAAGACCCGCCUCACCGGCUGCUCAGGGUGCACAGAAUAUGGCCUCUCAGUUCACAAUCAUCGACGGCAUGGACAACAAGGGCUACACGCCCAGCUCGAAGCCAACCAUCCACUCGAACAGCACCAUUAGGAAACUGACCACGCCGCAAUCAAAUCUACCUCCUCAACUGAUGCCCGGCAUUUGGACGACCAAGAUAAACGAGGAUGGCCCACCAAUGUGAUCUGCUCCUAGAUUAGGUUGCGCAGGAAUAGCUGUUCAAAAAUGAGGUUGGAUUGAGAGAACAGUUGCUUAAAAGCGAUGUUAGGAGAAGUACUUGCUUUCGCAUAGGGAAGGUCUCGAGCCUUGCCUAUGUCGAAAUUGAUAGGAUUUAGGAACAUAGUUCUAAUGUUAAAUUGUAGAAGCAGCUGUUCAAAAUUAAGCUAAUGCAGUGCAGACAGCUAGAACCUUGGGUUUUGUUCACUUUGGUGGUGCUGUGACUUGUAAACUACAGUCUACAAAUUUGAUAUACACUAUAUAUAGCCCUUUAUUACUUUAGGGGCACCUCCUUUUGUAACGCACACUAGCAAACUUUUUUGAGGGAAAGUCCGAGACAGACCUAGCUCUUUUCGCACACUUAAAAAGUAGGAGCUCAACUUUACCCUAGUCCCCAAAAUCGAAGUGCUCAAGCGAGGAAUACAUUAGGCACUCUAGACAAAAAUACAAACAUUUUUAAGUAGACAACUCUAAAGCUUAGAUAUUUGGGGCAGAAAAGUCC